CAUCCAUCAAUAUGAAUCGUUAUCCUAAUAUUUUAGGAGGGAUCCUCAAUAUUGAGGAAGAAGAUGAUGAUCAAUUAGAUAUGCUGUAUGAUUCAACCAGAAGAUCAGAAGGAUCUAAUCGUGGACGGGUAAGAAGGCAUCGUGGUUCUGUUCCAGGCCGUAGAACAAUUAAUCGUGGUAGAGUUGAAGGCCACGAAAGACUCUAUCAUGACUAUUUUGCAACCCCUUGUGUAUAUGAAGGGUUUUUUCGAAGGAGAUUCCGAAUGAGUCGUCAUCUUUUUCUUCGAAUUGCAAAUGAAGUUGAACAACACGAUCCAUAUUUCAUCCAAACAAUAGAUGCUGUUGGAGUUCUUGGUUUGUCAUCCAUUCAGAAGAUAACAGCUGCUUAUAGAAUUCUUGCUUACGGAACACCGGUAGAUUUUGUGGAUGAAUACAUCAGAAUUGGAGAAAAUACUGCCAUACUUAGUCUAAGAAGGUUUGUGAAAGCUAUUAUUGCAGUGUUUGACGACCAUUACUUGAGGCCACCAAACAAUAGCGAUAUUACUCGAUUGCUACAGAUAGGGGAACAACGUGGCUUUCCCGGCAUGUUAGGGAGUAUUGAUUGCAUGCAUUGGAAGUGGAAAAAUUGUCCAACCGCAUGGCAAGGUAUGUAUACUGGUCAUUGUCAUGAACCAACAAUCAUUUUGGAAGCUGUGGCUUCUCAAGAUCUUUGGAUAUGGCAUGCAUUUUUUGGGCUUCCUGGUUCGCUGAAUGACAUAAAUGUUCUAGAUAGGUCCCCUAUUUUUUCAUUAUUAGCAAAUGGUCAUGCUCCUCCAGUAAACUAUACAAUUAAUGGCCAUGAGUAUACAAUGGUAUAUUAUUUAACUGAUGGUAUUUAUCCAAACUGGUCGACAUUUGUAAAAACAAUUCCCUGCCCACAAGGUUUGAAGAAAAAACAUUUUGCUAAAGGACAAGAGUCAGCAAGAAAAGAUGUAGAGCGGGCAUUUGAGGUACUUCAAGCCCGUUUUGCAAUCGUGCGUGGACCAGUACGCUUUUGGGAUGAACAAACACUUGCAGAUAUUAUGAAAGCGUGCAUAAUAAUGCAUAACAUGGUCAUUGAGGAUGAAGGAGAUAUUGGUAACAAUGACUUUGAUGGAAGUAAUGCAAAUCCACCUGUAGAAGUGUCGCAUGCCUAUACGCCAGAAUUGGAAGACUUCAUGCAAACCCAUUGUCAGAUUAGGGACAUUGUAACUCAUUCUCAACUACAAUCAGAUCUUAUCGAGCAUUUGUGGGAACUCCAUGGCGAAGAAUAA